CCACGAAGGACCAAAGUAGAAAUUCCCUAUUACGCAUUCGUUUGAUGAGUUGUGUCCUAGCGCCAUCUCCAUAUUUUUUUUCAGAGACCCCUUUGGAUACAGCCCGGCAGGGAAAGGGUUAAGGAGCGGGGGGUCCAGAUGCCUCCUCUCCUGCUCGCUAUGACGAACAAAUGAACUCCCGGGGAAUGAAAUUUAAAUUCCACAAAGGAGAAAAAGUCCUCUGUUUCGAACCUGACCCUACAAAGGCUAAAGUACUCUAUGAUGCUAAGGUAAAUGGCUUGUUGUUUAGCAAGAGUUUGUUUGCGGUCAUAAGGCUGAAACUGCAUGAAAUUCCCAAACAUUUGGAUUGCCAGUUUUUAUGGCUUUAUUCAAUACUGUAGCUAAAUUAGACAUUUUUAUUUGAUUUACCCGGAUAGACCCGAAGGCCCGCCCGAGGUUGACAUGCUAGUUAACUCCUAAAAGACUAACGUUUGCUAUUAGGCUAACGUAACGUUAUCACUGUGGCAGGUUUAUGAAGAUGAGGCCAUCAAUAAUGGCUGCAGCCGUGUUAUAUGUUGCUAAUCUCUGCACAUGUUGUAGCCAAGUUAGCUCGGGUAUCGUUUCUUAGCUAGCUCGUUAGCUGCUACAUUUAGCUAACUGUCAUAAAACAACAACUGUCUGCUACGUUGGAAGUAACGUUAAACUAGCUAGCGUUAACGUUAAACACUAACGGUGAAUUAAAAUAGGUAGCAUGAGUUAACGUUAGCUAGCAACUGUGCAAGGCCAGGGCAACAAAUUAUAAUCAGCCAACCCGUUGUUUACAUAACGUUAGCUAGCUAGUGCCAAUUAGUAAUGUAACGUUAGCUAAUUAACGUAUUGUUACCUGUCUCGAUGUGGUAAUAAACAUUUGCCUGCUGGCUGUGUUACACGCUAACUUGAGUUUAGUCGGCUACCGCUAACUAACGUUAAUUUCUGGAAUUGUACGUUUUAGGUCGUUGAUGUUGUAAUUGGCAAAGAUGAACGUGGAAAGCGAGUCCCAGAAUACCUGAUUCACUUCAAUGGUUGGAACAGAAGGUAAACUCACACACAAGACACAGUCUGGGGUGGUGCGUUUGAAGAAGGGGGGCUGGGCAUCUCGGGUACUGAGGAGGAUGGGUGGGACAGGUAGGAAGGUUCUCACUGAUUUCCUGGGGGGUGGUGCAGGGGAGGGGUGGAUGGGAUGGGAGGGUUACCCCUCCCCCAUAAACAAAACAAAUGCACCAUUCCCUGUAUCUAUGAGUGGUUUAAGUUAAUUUCCCAUCCUUUGUGGGCUCUGCCUGUCGAGCAGCAAAAUGGUUUUAGUGGAGCUGGGGGUCUCCUUGCCCCCCAGCACCAAAUCAACAUUUUAUUGAUAACGAUCUAUAUGGUGGAAAUCAUUGAGUGUGGAUAGCAACCUUCAGUGGAGCUUUGUCCUUGAUAUCACCUACACAAUACUGUCAUGUCGACUGCAUGCAGCUUGAAUUGGAAGGGGUGGGAUUCAUCAUCUGUUGCUUUGUGUUACAGUUGGGAUCGAUUGGCUGCAGAGGACCAUGUGCUCAGGGAAACUGACGAAAAUCGCAAAUUACAACGUAAACUGGCUCGUAAAGCUGUGGCUCGCAUGUAAGUUUGACUCCAUUGGAGAAGAUCGGAAAAGCAAGCAUUAGGCGUGACUGCAGAAUGUGUCGUGUCUAACUGUGUCCACUCCAACACACAGGAGGAGAAAGGGAUGGGGGAAGAGACGUCGUCGUCUACCCGGUGUUGAGUCAGCUCUGAAGACACUUCCUGAAGAGAAGGAAGAGAGUGAUGACGCAUGUGAGUUUGACUGUUCCAUCACAUUCAAACUAGUGCUAGUGCAAAGUAGUUUAUCGGAAUGGCUUUUCAUUGGAGAUGGCUUGCAAGCUAAAAUUACAUAUACUUUUCGGGGGGUAUCUUUCAGGUUUGAUUUCGUCUUCAGACAACAGUGACGAGGACGAUUCCGAGGAUCCUGAAUCUUUGAAAAGUGAGGAGAGCGACUCUUCCGAAGAUUUGGACAAAAUGGUAAUGUGUUUUGAGUUAGAAAAUGACAGACAACAAUGUUUCUCAAUACAUAACCUAUCAACUCGGUUGUUCUAUUGACAUUGUCAGAAAUACAAAUGUUGACAAAAUGCCUGGAUGGAUCUGACUGUUUGCCCAUCUAUCUCCAGCAGGAAGAGCAGGAAGCUCACGCUAAGAUGGAGAGUGAGGACAAGACCAUCAACAUAGACAUCCCUGAGGUUCUCAAGAAGAAACUGGAGGAUGACUGCUACUACAUCAACAAGAGGAAGAAGGUGUGUCAUUAAACAAAGAUAACACCCGCUUUAUUGUAGUGCCAUAUACCGAUUCCUAUUGCUCCAAAUCCCUAGAUAUUGGUCAUGUUCAGUAGGGAGAAAACUUAUCAAAACGGGGAGGUACUAACUGAACUUGUCCAAUAGGAACACAGAUUUGUCAUUUUCUGUUGCAAAACGUUUUGCCUCGAUGUACCCUACUGAAUGCAACCCUGCUUUUGACAGUUCAGCAUCUCACUGCCAAUGAGCUGUGAUCAUGAAGGGCUUUGUUCUUUUUCGCCCCAGUUGGUGAAGCUUCCGUGCCAGAUGAACAUAUUGAACAUCUUGGAAUCGUACGUGAAGCACUUUGCCUUCAACGCAGCCUUCUCUGCAAAUGAGAGGUACAGAAGUCACCAGAGCACCGCCCAGACCAGCCUCAGUCCUCACUAUGUUCCUCCAGAGAAGAAGUGAGUCCCAAAAAUACUAAAUUUCCCAUUAGCCUUUUCACCUCCCAUGAGUCCCGUGGGCUACAUAAUGGUUUUGUUUGACAUUGCAGCCGACAUUGCAGGCGCCUGCCAACUGACUGAUCUACAAAUCACCUUGCAUCAUAAAUAACUACACAAUGUUAUUUGUAGAUCAAGUGUGUCAGUCACAAUAUUACCCACAAUGCAUCACAGAUUUGAUGCUCUCGAACACGGUCAUCGUGGAUGAAAUUAUCUUUGUGAUAGUAAAGCUAACAGUCACCAUUUUGUUUCAGUGAGGAGCUUUGCAAGGAGAUGGUGGAUGGCCUGAGAAUCACCUUCGACUUCACCCUUCCCAUGAUCCUCCUGUACCCCAACGAGCACGCUCAGUUCAAGAAAGUCAGCUCCUCCAAGUUCUUCCUGCCUAUCCGGGACAACACAGCCAGCUCCAACAAGUAAGACAGACAUCAGGCUAUGUAUGCAAUCCUCUUGAAUAGUUAACAUCGGUCAUUUUCAGGCGGGAAGACAAAACAAAAUGAAGUUGAAAACGUUUCACUGUUGAAGACACUAAGUACAUCAGGCCCUUUGUUCAGUUUGUAAGGUGAAAAUGUCAGUGAGAAAUUAUUGUAUGUUUCUUUGGUUUUGUGAUUUUGGAGGUCAUUGCCGAACUCUGGUCUUUCUUUGAUCAUCUCCUUCCUCCCUUCCUGUCCCAGGACCCUGCGUGAGCGCACCCCCAGCCCCUCGGGCCACAACCCCUCCACCCCCCAGUCUACGGACAGCCAGCCGGCCCUGAGCGAGGCCUCCACCACCACGGCAAACGCCGCCGCCUCCACGCCCAAACGCCGGCGCUGCGCCUCCAUGGCUGACCCCGACGCCCCCCAGUCCCUGCGGCGCUCCACGCGCCACACCUCGGGGGGCGAGCGGCUGGCGGGCGAGGGGGGCAGCGGCAGCGCUACGACCUCACCCCAGCCCAAACGCCGCCUCGCCAGCCUCGACACGCCAGCCCAGCUGCCCAAGUUCUUCCUCAAUCUGGAGAAGAGUGAGUGGCAAGAACACACACUCAAACACAGAAUAAGUAGUUGAUCGUGUAGUGCUUUACUUUAUGCGAAGUGUCACUCGUGUCCUCUGUUGUAAUGACCAUAUCCAUCCACUAGAUGGCACUCUUCCCUGUUGUCAUACAGUACUCUCCCAACCACAUGGGAUAUUGUCUAUGCACAGCUUCUCAGUGCUACAGCACACAGUAAAUGUCUGUUGUUUCUGAAGUGUCCAUGCAAAUGUUGUCCACCCACUCCAUCAGUUGAUUAACCGCUGUCUGCCCUCCUGUCCACUUCCCAGAAACCCCUGUCCACAGCGGCUCAUCCUCACCGUUGCCCCUGACACCCAGUAAGGAGGGCAGCGGCAUCUUCUCCGGCCUGGAGAGUCGACGGAACAACGAGCUCAACGAGGUCCUGAGCUGGAAGCUGACCCCUGAUAACUACCCCCAGAGUGACCAGCCUCCCCCACCCUCCUACCUGUACGGCUCACAGCACCUCCUACGCCUCUUCGGUAGGUAUCCGCAAAAGCCCUUUCUGUAUGUGUGUGUGGGAAACUGGGAUUGUUGUUUAGUUCAAUGUAGCCUCCAGUCACUCAUUCUCUUUCAAUCUUGUUUAUUCCCCUCAUACAGUGAAGCUGCCAGAGAUCCUGGGGAAGAUGCACAUCCCAGAGAAGAACCUGAGGGCCCUGGUCAAACACCUGGAGCUCUUCCUCCGGUACCUCCCAUCUUAUUAUAGAAGAAUCCAUGUUUUCUUCUUUUAGUGAUCAGCCACACAUCAUAACUAGGCUAGAACCAAGGCUACAAUCAUCUCUAUUUUGGCUGCCAUAGCUCAUCUCCAUACGACCUAGGGCUGGAACGUUUCCUUAUGCUGCCAUAGUAGCCAAUGUCAGGUGGUUAUUUUAGAAGAAACGGUCUUCUCAAUAACCUUCCUGGUUAAAUAGAGGUCAUCACGUUUUCUAAACUGAGCUCUGAAUGCUGAUUGGCUGAAAGCCAUGGUAUAUCAGACCGUAUACCACGGGUAUGACAAAAAAGUACUAUUUACUGUUCUAAUUAUGUUGCUAACCAGUUUAUAAUAGCAAUAAAGCACCUCGGGGGUUUCUGGUAUAUGGCCAAUAUACCACAGCUAAGGGCUGUAUCCAGGCACUCUGCGAUGCGUCGUCCCUAAGAACAGCCCUUAGCCGUGGUAUAUUGGUCAUAUACAUUUACAUUUUAGUCAUUUAGCAGAGCGACUUACAGUUAGUGAGUGCAUACAUUUUCCAUAUACCACAACCCCUCGGGGCUUAUUUCUUAAAUAACCCCUCCUCAAGCCACAGUAACUCACAGUGGAACUGAAGAUGCACAAUUGCCAGUCUCCAGGAUUAGUGACCCUGACUGGGCGAAGCCCGUCAUCACCCAGUCAAUCACUGCCUGGUGUAUUAUUGGGCCGGCCGCCUCACAGGAAGAGACAGGCUGCCAUUUAGUUGCCGUGCCGACGACAGUUCCAUGAUAGACUUCCUUUGAUCACUGCAACACGAUAAUGCCCACGUCAGCAUUUCUUUGGACGUACUCACUUAGCUAGCCUGGUGAGUGGUUUCCACUUGAUGGGCUUCUGACGUUGUACAAACAUUAGCUUAGCAUGCAGACAUUUUUGGACAAUGCAGUAGCUUGAUGGGCCUCUGCUGUAACAUGAACAUUAGCCUAUACAAAAAGUAAUUGGACAAUGCAGUGGAGAAUAGAGAGGUGGAUUUUUCCCAUGGGGCUUUUUGUAUAUCUUGGGGAGGGAUGGGGGGUCCCUGUUGGGAGCACUGGGAGUGUAGUCCGCAGUGUGCAUCGAUCUGCUGACGCACGCGCACAAUCCUCUCCGCCUAUCCAGUGUUAGCCCCGUUACCUGAAGUCUAGCUCAUUCAACGGGGCAGUUAGCUGUGGUGUAAAACUACUAGGUAGCAACUCUCUCUGUGUGUGAGAUUCAUGCAGCUCACUGAGUGGAAAAAGUGCUCACUGACCUGUAAGCUGGCUCGCCCUGCCUGCCACGGUUAUUUUAACUAUAAUAUCAUCUAACAGGAUGUGAUCAGACGAUGAUGGCUUGAGAUGUUAUUUAUGCAGAGGGUUUGAUUUGCUGUUUGUGUGUCUGUGCACGCGCCUCUGUGUGUGUGACCGUGUGUGCGCACGCACCUGCAUCUGUCUGUGUGUGUGAGAGACUGCCAGACUACAUUAAAGUGAAGGGAGAUGAGUGGGCGUUACACAAGCCUGCGAUUCUAAUCUUUAAAUCCUGCCCAGCGAUCUUCAGCUGGCCCCAAACCUAGGGGAUUUAUUCUCUCUCCUUUAUUAAUCAAACGCCUGCAAUUUCCCCUCCAGCCACUGCUCUGUGCUGUUGCACACAGAGGGACAUAUGACUUCUUUCUUAUCACAGCUGGGUACUUCUCAAUAGUCUAUUAGGGACUUCUUCCCCUCGUGCAAUCUUUUUGUCUGUAAAAUUAAUUAUGCAAGAAAUGGCGGUGGAAACUCCUUUAUGCGCAUAUAUUGAUAUAAUAACCAUAAUAUCGAAGUAAACUUGGAGUUACGCGAUGGCAUUGUGUGUGGUCCUCCCAAUACGACUCGGGAAACCAUGCAGUUUGUUAGGCUAUGAUGAACUUCACAGGGUGAUGAAUGUGCACAGUAUGAGCUUGAUGCUACUUUCCAGUGAAUAUUGAAGGUCUUACUCUGGUGACAUCAAAUCAAAUCAAAUUGUAUUGGUCACAUGCGCCGAAUACAACAGGUGCAGACAUUACAGUGAAAUGCUUACUUACAGCCCUUAACCAACAGUGCAUUUAUUUUUAACAAAAAAAGUAAAAAUAAAACAACAACAAAAAAAGUGUUGAGAAAAAAAGAGCAGAAGUAAAAUAAAAUAACAGUAGGGAGGCUAUAUAUACAGCGGGGUACCGGUGCAGAGUCAAUGUGCGGGGGCACCGGCUAGUUGAGAUCGUUGAAGUAAUAUGUACAUGUGGGUAGAGUUAAAGUGACUAUGCAUAAAUAAUUAACAGAGUAGCAGCAGCGUAAAAAGGAUGGGGUGGGGGGGCAGUGCAAAUAAUCCGGGUAGCCAUGAUUAGCUGUUCAGGAGUCUUAUGGCUUGGGGGUAGAAGCUGUUGAGAAGUCUUUUGGACCUAGACUUGGCACUCCGGUACCGCUUGCCGUGCGGUAGCAGAGAGAACAGUCUAUGACUAGGGUGGCUGGAGUCUUUGACAAUUUUGAGGGCCUUCCUCUGACACCGCCUGGUAUAGAGGUCCUGGAUGUUAGGAAGCUUGGCCCCUCUGUAGUGCCUUGCGGUCGGAGGCCAAGCAGUUGCCAUACCAGGCGGUGAAGCAACCAGUCAGGAUGCUCUCGAUGGUGCAGCUGUAGAAUUUUUUGAGGAUCUGAGGACCCAUGCCAAAUCUUUUCGUCUCCUGAGGGGGAAUAGGCUUUGUCGUGCCCUCUUCACGACUGUCUUGGUGUGUUUGGACCAUGAUAGUUCGUUGGUGAUGUGGACACCAAGGAACUUGAAGCUCUCAACCUGUUCCACUACAGCCCCGUCGAUGAGAAUGGGGGCGUGCUCAGUCCUCUUUUUUUUCCUGUAGUCCACAAUCAUCUCCUUUGUCUUGGUCACGUUGAGGGAGAGGUUGUUGUCCUGGCACCACACGGCCAGGUCUCUGACCUCCUCCCUAUAGGCUGUCUCAUCGUUGUCGGUGAUCAGGCCUACCACUGUUGUGUCGUUGGCAAACUUAAUGAUGGUGUUGGAGUCGUGCCUGGCCAUGCAGUCAUGGGUGAACAGAGAGUACAGGAGGGGACUGAGCACGCACCCCUGAGGGGCCCCCGUGUUGAGGAUCAGUGUGGCAGAUGUGUUGUUACCUACCCUUACCACCUGGGGGCGGCCCGUCAGGAAGUCCAGGAACGUCUCCUGAACUCAUUGAACUUCAGAUUUUUAUUAGAUACAUGAAAACGUAAGCGAAAAAUUACAUUUUGGUGCACUGAUUUUUAUCCGCAACUAGACAGUUUGGUGGAAACACCACUGGUGGGAAAAUGCGCAUAUUGGCUUUGUGCAAAUUCUGGAAUAUUCUCAUGAAAAUCUGUCGCUAAUUGGAUAGAAACCUAGCUACUUAUCUGAAAAUACAGGAGAGGUGAGAGAAAUGAUGAUGCUUUAUGCAAUAUAUUGAUGCCUGCCUACAAUGGGAUUUAACUUCAGCUGUUCAUGACCAUUUAUUUUAGUCUGUUACGGAUAGAAAAAUAAUAUAUUUAGAAAGGAGGUCUCUUCAGACUAGUGAGAUACAGGAAGGGAAAAAACCUGAGUGGAGAGGUGCAUGCCGGGAUUGGGCACAUGGACGGAUCUCUGGAAGAGUCAUGAAUCGUGUGGUGUAUUUCUGUGAUACAGAGGGAGGGACAGUGGUGUAAAGUACUUAAGUAAAAAUACUUUAAAAUACCGCUUAAGUAUUUUGGGAGGGGUAUCUGUACUUUACUAUUUAUAUUUUUGACUACUUUUACUUCACUACAUUCCUAAAGAAAAUAAUGUACUUUAUAUUCCAUACAUUUUCCCUGACACCCAAAAGUCCUCAUUACAUUUUGAAUGCUUAGCAGGACAGGAAAAUGGUCCAAUUCACACACUUAUCAAGAUAGCAUCCCUGGUCAUCCCUACUACCUCUGAUCUGGUGGAAUCACUAAACACAAGUGCUUCGUUUGUAAAUUAUGUCUGAGUGUUGGAUUGUUCCCCUGGCUCUCCGUAAAUGAAAAAAAACAAGGCAAUUGUGCCGUCUGGUUUGCUUAAUAGAAGGCAUUUAAAAUGAUUUAUACUUUUACUUUUGAUACUAAAGUAUAUUUUAGCAAUUACAUUUACUUUUGAUACUAAAGUAUAUUUAAAACCAAAUACUUUCAGUCAUUUACUCAAGUAGUAUUUUACUGGAUGAUUUUCACUUUUACUUGAGUCAUUUUCAAUUAAGGUAUCUUUACUUUUACUCAAGUAUGACAAUUGGGUACUUUUUCCACCACUCGGGAGGGAGAGAGAGAGAGUGCCUAUUGUGUAUGAGAACGAGGAUGCCUGUGUCCUUCCAGCUGCUCUCCCACAAAAAUGUGUCCAUAUCUUAUCUAACAUCUGCAGAGAAAUGUGGUUCAAGUUUAUAGCCUUUGCUCUACAUUUGCACUAACCAAUAGAUAGGACGACCAAUAAAUACGGACUAGUUCGGGGCUCCACAACGAUGAUGAUGAUGAUAAAUUUGUCGCCGGUUAAAGCGCCUCUUAAUUUCUCCCUCUGAUGAGGAUAAUUUGUUUGCAGUCAAAUUAGAAGAGCCGGUAGAGUUAAGAUGAGAUGGCAAGAUUUAGAGGAUUUGGCUGAGCAGUGGAUACUAAGAACAUUCCGGAUUAUUUUCCCUACUGAUUAGACGGGGAGAUUUUCCCUCUCCAACUCUGGCGAAUUGGGUUAUUUAAGGCAAGUUACUAAAAGCACUGACUGACUGCAAGCCUGGAGGGGGGAAUGGGCAUUGACAAGCCCCCUGUUGGAAGGAAGACACCAGGAUUGGGAGUGCUGAGUAACUAGUCUGGUCCAUUACAUUUUAGACAUUUUAGUCAUUUAGCAGACGCUCUUAUCCAGAGCGACUUACAGUUAGUGAGUGCAUAAAACAUUUUCAUACUGGCCCCCCGUGGGAAUCGAACCCACAACCCUGGCGUUGCAAAUGCCAUGCUCUACCAACUGAGCUACACGGGACUGACAUCCACAGUAGUCGAGGGAAUGACAUCAGCGUUUUGGUGCAUUUUCCACAGUGGUCUUUGCUCCAAAUGCAUUAGCUAGCUGUCUGUUGAUGGCCAUGCUGUGUUAAGGCUAGUUCACUUCAGACUUUUACUCAGUGUGGUGAAUUAGACCCUGUAAUGGUGUCACAUUUGUUAUGUUUCUUGACCUCUCGCCCUCUGCUCCAUAUCUCUCUCUCUCUCUCUCUGUCCCUCCAUCCCUCUCUCUGCUCCCCAGGUUUUUGGCUGAGUUCCACGAGGACUUUUUUCCGGAGUCGUCGUACGUGUCGUCAUCGGAGGCCCACUACUGCAUGAAGCACCCGCGGGCUGUUUACUGAGGCCAUCUAUCUCACCCUGCCUCGCCCCACCUCGCCCUGAACUGCACUGCUGGGAGGGGAACUCCAAGCUGCUUCCCAAACCAUCCCUUUCUUUAACUUUCUCUCUGAGACUGCGUUAUUAUGUCUCUCCCUCUCUCGGUGCACCCUUGCCCUCCUAAAUCCAACCCAUGCAGCUAUUUGGUUUUGCCCGGCCUAUCAGAAGGAAGUAAAGGAAGGGUCUUGGCUUCUGAUCGGCCAAGUACCUCUCUCUCCCCAGCCCCUAACCUGGCAGCCUGGCCUAGGAUGCAAUGAUUACCUAAUGGACGUCUACUUGUUAUCCUAGGCUGUAGACCCUAACCCCCUGCUGGGGUCUUUCCCGUGAUGCUGACUUUGUCUUGCUUUCUCUCUCUGCGCUCAAGGACCACGUUUGGCCCUCUUCUUUCUCUAGCACCAUCUGCGUCCGAUCCUUCUCUCUCCGUCCGCCUCAAGCAAACACAGAGAAAAGAAGAGUGGCUAUUUGAUAUGUUCGCUUUAUGUGUGACUAUUGGAGACUAUUGGCUUCUCCUCAGCUCGCCACGCUUGCUACUCCAAGCCACUCUUCAGUGUGUGCUGUCGAUUAAGGUAUUUCUAAACGCUUGUAGAAUGCCCUUACUCUAGUAAUGUCUACUGUCUGUGUUCUUCUUGCUUAGAGGGGCUGUGACGUUAUGGCCACUGUGUGUUCAUAUUUAUAUUUGUCAUGGUAUUACCCUCAAUGUUUGAAAAAGGUCAAGUGUAUUGAAUUCUGUUGAUCAGUUGAUGUAUAAAUUCCUUAUUCUGUUUUGAUUUUGUUUUUUUAUACACUGUUAACUUGUAGACUCAAACAGGAACACACUGCGGAGGUGGAAAUGUGAAAAUAUCAACUUUCAGUCUGUUUUCCAUUAGUCUUAUCCGAAAUAAAAGUUGGAGCAAUA